GAUCUAACCUAACGCGAAUCUAUAACUGUAAGCCAAUUUCUUUUGCCGCCCAUGCGAUUUCCUCCAACUUCUCCAACUAAAAUAAUUACCAAAACGACAACAAAAUCGCCAAUUUUGCCCUCAAAACGGGUCCCAAUAUCCCGGGUUAAACAAUAUUCGUCCUCGGAACGACCCCACGAAACCAGAUCGAAAUUGGCGCCCCUUUCUUCUUUCUCUUAGCUCUAAUCAAAUUAAAUUCUCUUCGCCUAAAAAUCCGACACCGUUUUCUUCUCAUUCAUAACCAAAUAUCCUUCCCAGUCUCUCACACGUAACUGAUUCUCGUUGCUCUUCCGUCAUUCGUGGGAGGCGCCAUGUCGGUGCGGAGAAGAACUCUGCUCAAGGUCAUCGUUCUCGGCGACAGCGGGGUUGGCAAGACGUCGUUGAUGAAUCAAUAUGUUCACAAGAAGUUUAGUCAGCAGUAUAAAGCUACAAUUGGUGCUGAUUUUGUUACUAAAGAACUCCAAAUUGAUGACCGUCUUGUCACUCUGCAGAUAUGGGACACAGCUGGGCAAGAGAGAUUUCAGAGUCUUGGGGUUGCUUUCUAUAGAGGGGCAGAUUGCUGUGUACUAGUUUAUGAUGUCAAUGUAAUGAAGUCAUUUGAUACACUUGACAAUUGGCAUGAGGAGUUUCUUAAGCAGGCAAAUCCAGCUGACCCCAGGAUAUUUCCAUUUAUAUUACUUGGGAACAAGAUUGAUAUUGAUGGUGGGAACAGCCGAGUGGUGUCUGAGAAGAAAGCAAAGGACUGGUGCACCUCCAAAGGGAACAUUCCUUACUUUGAGACCUCUGCAAAAGAGGAUAUCAAUGUUGAUGCUGCAUUCUUGAGUAUAGCUAGAACUGCUCUAGCCAAUGAGCAUGACCAGGACAUAUACUUCCAAGGAAUUCCAGAGGCUGUCUCGGAGACUGAGCAAAGAGGUGGUUGUGCAUGCUGAACCAGAGUUAACCCGUUGGACUGGUUAAUUCCCAAUAUUUUGGUUUGACAAUUCUUCAUUUUUGUUUUAAUUUUUUUGCCGGUUCUUGUGAUUCUUAGCCAUUUGUAUGCUAAGCUUUUCAGUUGAGGCAUGCUUAACAGUUAUAUUGAUCUUGAAAGGACUUUUUGCUCUUUAAAAAGAUUUUACAUUGUAGUCUCCCACGUAGAGUUCAUUUGUAAUAUUGAUUUGGAUUUGAAGGUCUUUAGUUGUUGAUAUCAAAAUAUUUGGGCAUGAAUGUGAUGCUCAUUUGAAU